AUGGAUUCUCGUCGAUCGUUAAUGUCCGCCACAACGGCAAGCCUCUGUUUUCUAUGGUGUAUCUGCGCCACCGUCGUUGUAUCAAACGGUGAGCUUCAGAGAUUUAUCGAGCCGGCGAAGAGCGACGGCUCCGUUAGUUUUAUAACGAUCGGAGAUUGGGGUCGCCGUGGCUUCUUCAAUCAGUCUAUCGUCGCCUAUCAGAUGGGGAGAAUUGGAGAGAAGAUUAAUUUAGAUUUCGUGGUGUCUACGGGAGAUAACUUCUACGACAAUGGAUUGUUUAGUGAAAACGAUCCAAAUUUCGAAGAAUCUUUCUCUAAUAUCUACACAGCUCCAAGUCUCCAGAAACAGUGGUACAGUGUUUUGGGGAACCAUGACUAUAGAGGAGACGCGGAGGCUCAGCUCAGCCCUGUUCUCCGGGAAAUCGACAGCCGUUGGACCUGUCUCCGAUCAUUCAUCGUCGACGCUGAGUUAGUCGAGAUCUUCUUCGUCGACACGACUCCUUUCGUGAAGGAAUACUACACAGAAGCAGAUGGUCACACAUACGACUGGCGCGCGAUCCCAUCUCGCAACUCUUAUGUCAGGUCUCUCCUCCGUGACCUCGAAGCUUCUUUGAAGAGGUCCAAAGCAACAUGGAAGAUUGUGGUCGGCCAUCACGCGAUGAGAAGCAUCGGACACCAUGGAGACACUAAAGAGCUCGUCGAGGAGCUUCUUCCGAUUAUGAAAGAGACCGGUGUCGAUCUCUACAUGAACGGACACGACCACUGUCUUGAACAUAUCAGUGACGAAGACAGCCCGAUUCAGUUUCUAACGAGUGGUGCUGGCUCCAAGGCUUGGAGAGGAGAUGUCGACCCGAUGACCAACGAUCCCAAGUCUGUGAGGUUCUUUUACGAUGGUCAAGGAUUCAUGUCUGCUCGAUUCACUCACUCGGAUGCAGAGAUCGUCUUCUACGAUGUCUUUGGCGAGGUUCUGCACAAAUGGGUUACUUCUAAACAGCUUCUUCAUUCCUCUGUUUGA